UCUCCAGCCUCCGUUACAAAUGCGCGAGAGCUCGGCCAAAUCAGCACACUCCUCCCUCCUUUCCCUUUCAUCUCCUGUGUGAACAUCAACCACCACAGGAAGAAGUCGCCUCCUCCGCAGCCCAUAUUUUGCUUGAUCGAUCUUGGUCAUGGAGAAGAUGCAGUGCGGUUCCAAGGGCAUUGCUCACCGGGCCUCGGCGGCCAGCGGCUCCGGCAAGCAAAAGCGGAAGGGCGGCGGCGGCGGGGACAAGCCGAUCAAGGUGGUGUACAUCUCCAACCCGGUGCGGGUGUCGACCAGCGCGGCGGGCUUCCGCGCGCUCGUGCAGGAGCUCACCGGCCGCAACGCCGACCCGUCCAAGUACACCGGCAGCGGCGCCGCCGACGUCGGCGAGAGCAGCGCGGGGAGCCCGGCCGGGCCGCAGAUGGGCCCCGCGCCCAGCCCCGGCAGCACGGCGGAGUCAUCGGAAGGCGCCGCCGCUUGCAGCCACAACGUCCCGGCCACAGCAGCGCCGGCGGGCUACGGGUAUGAGGAGGAGGAGGACAGCUUCCCGCCGCAGCUGAUCGACAACAGGUACUCCGUAUUCUCGCCGCCGACGUUCCUCUACGGCUCGCACGCCGAGUGGUGAUCGAUCUGUGAUCCAUCCAUCCAAGUUCGCCGAGCCCCCGCAGCAGAAACAUGUAUGUAUUGCGCUUAAUUGCAUGAGGGGUACUCGUAUCAUAUGUCAUGUGUGCAUGUGCGUUCGAUUCUAGUAGCAGCUAGUAGCUAGGUAACUUAGUAACUAAAACUAAAUUGUGUAUUAUUGCUCCAGAUUGGUUUAUACUCCACUGUGGCAAAAUUGUAGCCAGCGCUCUACCCCUUUUAAUUUCUGCGAGUGAGAAAUGUGUCCUGUUGGAUUUCGUGGGUGCAAGCCCG